CAAGCCGUUCCCCUGCCUGCUCCUACAGUGUAUUUUACCAUACCUAAUAAAGAUUGGACUUUUUAAUCAAGUUUGGUUUCCCCGGAGCCUGCCUGCUGAUGUAGUCCAUACAACCUAACUUGCUAUACCUUUGCGUCUCCGCAGCCAGAGCGGCUUUGGACGGAUCGCUGUGACUGCAGGCCCAGUAACGCUCUCGCAUUUUCACCCACAGGGAUGGCGUCUGCCCAUGUGCACGAAAAAGUGGGCCAAGCCUACUCGGGUUCAUCAAUUGUCGCGUGAGCUUUGUUCUCUUUUCUCUUCCCCUCGAGGUCCAUCUUAAGGGUGGAAGGUGUCCGUGGUUCGUACCAAAGCCCAGGGGUGGAGUUUGUGGGGAAAUUAUUGAGGACUGUUCCCUUUCUUCGCUUUCUUGACUUUUCGUCACUGAGUGACCAGGUGUCCGCGGUUCGUACCGGAAGCUUGGGGGACGGAACUUGGGGAGGUGAACUAGGGAGGGGUUUCUCUGUUUCUAUCUGUUUUUCUAGCCACUUUCUCUCAAAACCUAUUGGCCUGACUGGGGUGACUAGGUGUCCGUGGUUCGUACCGCAAUCCCUAGGAAGGUUCAACUAUAUCUCCCUUGUUCUCAUUUCCUGUCACUCCCUCUCACUUGCUGUCAACACUCCAGGCAUUGGGGACUCUUAUCCUGCAGUCAGGGUGCUGUUUUGAGCCAAUUUAGCACGAGGGAUAAGGAAGGUGUCCGUGGUUCGUACCUGUCCAGAUCCCUCGGCCGCUGAUCCUUCUCUCUGAGUGGGCUAUGGUGGAUAAUAUCUGUGGUUCAUAUUUGAAGCCCUAGAGCUACUCAGAGGAUGAACAGGUAAGGAUCGAUGGCGGUCUGCGCGGUGGACGUAGACACUGUAGGUGGACGCAUCUACUUGGAAAAAGCUCGAGACUCGAGUAUGGGUGUAGGGAAAUCUAGGGAACAGAAGGGUACCAGUUCAGGACGGCUCAGCAGCACAUGAAAUCCAGAUAUGGAGGAGGGACUGUUAAGCCCCUCAAAGAUUGACACAAAUGGUCUUCAGGUUUAGAAUGGUCCAUCCCUAAGGAGGGGAUGUUUGAGGUCUGGAUCUGGGAAAAGUUCGUCCGUGAGUUCCACUCCAGACUCCAAACACAUGGGUCUUUAGAGAAGGCCAAUUUGUGAUUACAGAAAUCUACCAAGCUUCAGCAGCAGGGCAUUCAAAAGUCUCAGAUGGUUAGGUCAAACAUAAUCAUGUACUCCCGUCUGGCCAGAACUGCAGAAAGCAAUAAUGAUAAGGACGAGACAGAGCUGCAAACCGGUUUAAAUUUGCUAGCAACACAGGUCAUCUCAACAGCCUCAGCUCAUCUGUCUCCAUCACCAUCCCCACAUUCGGAAUCCGCAAAAGAUGCCUCUGAAAAAACGGAUUACUGCCGCCUUGGAAAAUCUGAUUUGGUCACCUUAUGUGAAGCCAGAGGCAUCUCUAUAAUAGACAAAUCCAAAUUAGAAUGCAUAGAGGCCUUGGAAAGGGAUGACUUCCAACAGGUCCCUGAGGGGGAUUAAAGGCGCUACGGGGGGGCAGCUGAGGGAUAGACUCCGGGACGUCUACGGGGUUGGGUUUGAUGGAAACCGGAGACCAAACUUUGGCAACUAGACGCCAGUUUGAAAGGGCAGGCUCCAUCUAUGGAACCGGCACCUGUGGCCUCGGGGUCUAGGCCUGCGGCCAGCCCUCAGAGGGUGGAGCCCCUAUAUCCAUACCGGGCCACCCUGGAGGAAAUUUUGACAGUGGCAGGUCCUCUCCAAUCCCCUAUGAGUCCUCACACUAAUUUACCACCAUCCCAGAGGCCCCCGCCGAGGCUGGUCCACCCUUCGGGGUGUUUCCAGUCCGAGUACAGGAAUGUGAGGGACCCCCUGGACAAAACGCCACAAGCCGUAUCACCUGGCACGUGCCUUUUACUGCGGGGGAGAUCAGGGAGAUUUUAAAUGACCUCCCGGAUCACAGGACUAACUCAUGUGGGUUCGCUAAGAAAAUGGGUGUCAAUCAGCUAAGCUAUGGGAUGAGCGGAGCAGAUUGUGCAAACAUCCCCAGAGCCGCAGUAGGCGAAGAUGUGGCUGAUGACAUCUUUUCCAGGUGUGCAAUAACUACACAUGGAGCAGCUCACAACGGGGGGCAAGGAAUUCUGUAAGCAAAAAUGCCCACUAUGUAUAGUGUUGUGUCCCUAUUCCAGUUUAUGACAGCGAUCCAGGGCCCAGAUGAGGACGCCUCCGUCUAUUGGCGGAGGUUAAAACAAGGGGUAACAGAUGCAGGGUUUGAGCCAGGUCCAGAUGCCCCAGAGAACACCCAGCCAGUAUCGCCCAUCCAUCUAAUGUUAAAGGCUAAAUUUCUGGCUGGAUUGGUGCCUAAGCUAAGAGAUAGGCUAAUGGUUGCACGACCAGAGGCCCAUUCUAUGAGUUUCCACUCCCUUAUGGCAACAAUCCAGGCCAUAGAACUGGACCUGCAUGCCAGGAAAGAGGCCAAGUCGCCCAAAAUCAUGGCAGCUCUUGAGCUAAUAGCCCAGGACCACCAUCCCUAUCCUAGGAAAAAGAAACUCACCAAAUGUACUAAUAUAACUUGCUUCAAUCGCAAUCAAAGAGGACAUUUAGCGCCCCACUGUCCAGAAAAUGAGGACAAGAAAGAACAAAAUUCUCCUAGUCCUUAUAAAGUUGUUCCUGACCGGCCUCAUGCACAUAACCCAAGCCCGGGGAAAUCUUACCGUAGUACGGAGGGCCCCCCUGGAACCUACCAUUUCAUAUCAGACCCUGAAACAGUUAAAACCAUCGGAGCUGCUACACAGUCCCAUGGCUUCGCCCACUAGGGGAAAGGCAAACCGGUGUCGGCCCAUGUCAAUCUAUUUCUUGAGGAAUUGCCAUAUCCUCUGUCCUGCCUCAUCGACACCGGCGCAGCCAGGACUGUUCUAAAAACACAAGAUCUAAAAGGCAGGGUUCCACUCUCUGGCAACACAACCCCCACCAUUGGGCUUACAGGUCAUCCAGUGACUCUUAGGGAGCCGAAACCAUUGUACUGCAGGUUAGGUCAACACACCAAAGCAGUCAGAUCUCUAUUAGUUUCAGAUGAUGUCCCUAUCAACCUAUUGGGAGCAGACAUUCUGUCGGAGAUUCAGGCCAACAUCAUUUAUACCCCAGAGGGUGUUGUGGUAACUAGUGCACUCACAGACGAGUUGCUGUGUGCAGUGGUGUCAGUCCCGUAUACUGGUGAACCUGGUACACAUUUGUCCCUGGAUGUACUAGCUGAGGUAGACCCUAAGGUUUGGGGCGGUUGACAAUUAUGAUGUCGGCUUGCUGCCAGUAUUUCCAGCCACUAUACGGAUUGCCCCCGGUUGCGUGCUACCAAAAUUGCCACAGUAUCCUCUGAGUAUAGCGUAGAUGGACAGUCUCAAGAUCCAGAUUGAUAGAUAUCUCAAAAUCGGGGUCUUAACCCAAACACAAUCACCCUGUAAUACACCUUUAUUUCCAGUGGCAAAAAAAUCAGUCAAGGGUUAGGAAGUCACUUACCGACUGGUCCAUGAUCUCAGAGCCAUUAACAAAAUCAUAGUCAGUGAUGCCCCGUUAGUGCCUAAUCCUCACACAUUACUUGCGUCCAUCCCUCCCAAAGCUUCGUACUUUAGUGUUAUCGACUUGUCUAAUGCCUUCUUUUCUGUUCCAAUAGAUCCACAGUGUCAAUACCUCUUUGCUUUUUCGUUCCAGGGUAGACAGCUGACGUGGACCCGGUUACCACAGGGGUCCAUGACUAGCCCAUCGGAAUAUAGUUGCAAGCUAAAGGUGGUAUUAGACCAGUGGGUGCCAGAGGAUCCGGAGGUCGCACUGUUACAAUAUGUGGACGAUCUAUUCGUUUGUUGCCCGGACAAGGAUUCAUGCUACAGACACACUAUCUCGCUACUGAACCAUCUCGCAUCCACUGGAAUAAGGCUAGCAAGGAAAAAUUGCAGUUUUGUAAGGAGAAGGUUAUUUUUCUAGGCCACUGUAUCUCAAAAGGGACCUGACACCUGACACCCCAUGGAUACAGACUCUCAAAGACUUCACCCGACCUUGUAAUGCCGACAGUUGAGAGCCCUUCUAGGUCUGAUCAAUUACAGCAGAGAUUGGAUGCCUAAUAUUUCAUUCAAAAUGGGUCCUCUCUAUACUUUACCCUCUCAGACACCAUUUCAACUAACUGAUGAACAAUGGUCAACCCUCCAGGAUCUGAUCCAGGAAUUCUCCAGGGCCCCGGCACUAGGUCUUCCCAGCUAUGACCUACCCUUUUAUCUCUUUUGUCAGGAAAGCAAAGGGUACUGACCCAAUUACAUGGAUCCAGGUAUAGUCCCAUCAUGUACAUUUCCACUGAAUUGGAUCCAGUCAUCAAAGGUUCACCUGGGUGCAUCCGAGCUACCGCCGCCUGUGCUGUGUUAUUGCAGAAAGUUGGUGACAUAGUUUUAGAUUCCUCUCUAACCCUUCUCACCCCACACUCUGUCCAAGAGAUUCUCAACCAGGUCCAGACCAAACAUCUUUCAGCAGCACUUCUGACCAAAUAUGAAGUGGCUCUCCUCACCCCUACUAACCUCACACUGAGACGAUGUACAAUCCUCAAUCCCGCAUCUCUUCUCCCGACCCAUUCUGACUCAGAAGAAGGGGGGGGAGGAAGGGAUUGUGACUGACUCUAACCCAACCAUGACAGAACCAACAGACAAUCACAACUGUCUUGAACUCAUGGAACUCGAGACAGAAGCAGUUAGCCCUGUCAAGAGAGCUCCUCCGGAAGCAAUACACCUUUUUGUAGACGGUUCCAGGUAUAACACAUCAGAUGGUAAACCUCACACAGUAUACGCUGUAACAACAGUUGACAAAGUAGUAGAAAGAGGCUCUCUUAGCAGCCACAUGUCGGCCCAAGAGGCUGAAUUACACGCAUUGGCCAGAGCCUGUGAAAAACAUGAAGGUUUAAGGAUCAAUGUACACACAGACUCGAGGUACGCUUUUGGUAUAGCUCACGAUUUUGGCCCAAUCUGGAAAGCUAGAGGAUUCCUCACUAGCUCAGGGAAACCUGUAAAACAUACCGAAAUUAUCAAUAGAUUGUUCAUAGCAUUCACUCUUCCUUUAGAAGUGGCUAUCUUUAAGGUCAAAGCUCACACCACAGAGACCACCAUGGAAGCCAAGGGCAAUGCAAUGGCAGAUCUGGCUGCUAAAGAAGGAGCCCUUGAUCCCCUCCCCUGUCUCUAAUGCUAGCUAAACCCACUGAUGUGUCUCUCGAGGAAUUUGAGAAAUUACAGGCUCAAGCGGAGAGUACAGAGAAGCGGAAAUGGGCAAUGUUGGGGGCAACAGAGGGGGCUGAUAAGAGCUGGAGUCUCGAUGGUAAGUGGUGCUUGCCUAAAGCAUUAUAUCCGAAGAUGGCCCAUGUAACCCACUACCCUAGUCACUAGUCCAAAACCGUCAUGUGUGCCCAAGUAGAGGAGUACUGGAUAGCUCUAGGAUUCUCCAUCACAGCCACCAAGCUCACUAGUGCUUGCCUGGUCUGUGCCUUACACAACCCUGGACGACCGGCUGUAGCCCCAAGGAAACAUUCUCCAAACCUGAAUACCCCUUCCAGAGAAUCCAAAUAGAUUAUAUCAAAAUGCCUAAGCGUGGGCCCCACGAGUAUGCUUUGGUCUGUGUGGACAUGUUUUCUAGUUGGACAGAGGCUUGGCCUGUUAAAAAUGCUAAUGCCGUAACAACGGCUAAAAAGAUCCUUUCCGAGGUACCUGAAGCCAUCGAAUCUGACCAGGGAACUCAUUUUACCGGACAGGUUUUUAAGGAAAUUUGUGAGGCCCUUCACAUCAACCAGGGUCUCCACACUCCAUACCACCCCCAGAGCAGCGGCAAGGUAGAGAGACUAAAUGGUACUCUUAAGAACAAGAUCGCUAAGAUAUCCGCUGACACGGGCAAACCUUGGCCUGAGUGUUUGUCUAUUGUCCUGUACUCUGUGCAUAAUGCCCCAAAACGGCCUCACGGGCUGUCCCCUUAUGAGAUUCUGUUCGGGAGUAGGCCCAAGACGGGAUUGUACUUUCCCCAGCAGCUGUCGUCUUUACAUUCUCAGUUGAAGGGGUGACUGGGUAGUCAUAACGAAAUAUCAGCGCCAGGGACUAGAGGCGAGAUACACCAGGCCGUACCAGGUUCUUUUGACAACAUCCACCUCCCUUAAGGUCGAGGAACGUGACGGGUGGAUCCACGCCAGCCACUGCAAGAAGCUGCUGGACUAUCAAGUGCAAUGUUCAGGUGCAUUGUUUCUAUAUACACUUGUUGUUUAAUGUAUUUUGGAUACUGUUAUGAGGAGUCACAUCCGAAUUUACUGUUCAAGAUGCAUUUACAAUUAGCAAAGAUAGCAAAUAGGUCCAACUGCUGGGUGUGCUCCAAACCUCCUCCGAGCCAGAGCAUCCCGGCGAUGGCGGCAGUACAUGCCCUUUAUGACAUCAGGGUGGGCAUGAGAAAAUUUAGUCCUUCAGGUAGAUCAGCGGAACGCCAUCUAUCCAUAGAAUUUAAUCAGACAUUCUUAGAUGGUAAUGUCAACGUAUCCAACAGACAUGAUUAUGUCUGCUGGGGGGGAGGUUGUGACAUUCAGGAGGGUGCAGCAAUCCCAUUAUCCAUCCAGUUGUUGCGCAAUGCCCGUAACCAUAACCCCAAUGACCUUUGUGUCUCAUUAACUGGGCCCUAUUACUUUUUGUGCGGCCAGGCUGCCUAUAGAGUCGUUCCCCCGAAUACUAGAGGGUCAUGCUCCUUAGUCAGGUUAGUCCCUGCCUCCUACAUUGCCGACGGUCACAAGGACCUGAUGGUGCAGAGGAGGGUGAGUGUGGGAAGAAGGACCAGGAGAGAGCUGUUCUCUGCAGGGGGCCGUGCCUGGGCAUGGUUUCCGGCAUGGACCGGAUGGGGUAUAGAACUUAUGAAGCGGCUAAACAAUUUUUCCAUCAUAAUGGAUGAGAUGUUAAAUGAGACAGUCGAAGCCAUGAGAGAAAUUUCUUCUGAACAACCACAGCUGAAGACCCUUAUGCUUCAGGAGAAAAUGGCUCUCGACUAUCUUUUUGCAUCAAAGGGGGGUUUCUGUGAGUUCAUCGGGGAGGAUUGCUGUACCUGGGUGGAAGAUACUGGGGAUAAGGUUCAGGCCCAUCUUGACAAGGUGAAAGUGUUACAGGGACAAGCACGCGCUAUUGCAGAGGAGGGUUGGAACCCCUUUAAAGGUUUAGGGGGCUUCGGUGAUAUGUUGUUUUCUAUUGGAUCAUGGCUUAAAGAAGUUGGAGUGUAUGUCCUGAUGCUGCUCUGCUUUCUUUUCCUCCUCUAUGUGACAGCGAGAAUGACCUAUUGUUUUGUGAACCAAGUUGCAAAGAGCCGUGCAGAGGACCAUGUGAUGAUUCCAUAAAGAGCCAUCGCCUGAAGCAUCCGGAACCCUUUACCUCAGGAAGAUCAGCACAGGAAGAACCACCACCUUUUUAACACAAAUUAUGGACUGUCCCUAAAAGAACCGACUUCUUCCCUUCUUGGAGACUUUUUUUUGGGCUGUUCUUCUCAAAGAAGACAUAACCAGAAACCUUGUUUGAUGACAUCACCUCCCUGAAGGCCAGUCUGGACCUCAUGAUCAAGAUAUAAAGAAGAUCAAGCAUAUUAGGCCGGUUCUUCUUGUUAGUGCAUUUGUAGUGUAGCAUGUUCCCUUUUGUUUCAGUACCCUUUAGAAGCUUUGGUUGGAGUGAUUGUAGUGUUAGGAAGCCGUUGCUGUGACGACAUAUGGUGAAAAAGGAGGGACUGACGUGGAAAUUUUUCAUAUUUCGCCAUAUGGCCGCAACCGAUGUGGGAUAAGCGUCUUUACGACCGACCUUUGCACAAUCGCCCGAUGAUUCUGAUUCCCAUCCGAUUUGUGUUCAUAAGGCAUGACUACAGCAUGCCGUGUGUGGCGCCGGUUGGGAUUAAGGAAUACGGACCACUGAACAAAGGUGUACUUUUACAAGAUCAGUACAAGCCAUGCUAAGAUCACUGUGUCUGUGUAUAUGUAUAUUACCCGGGGAAGUGCCUUUUGUCCUGGUGUCUUUUGUUUGCCUAGGGAAAUCUACCUUUCCCCCCCCCCCUCUUCUAUGGACAUGUGUCUGUGUGCUGGUUCCACCAAUUGAUUCAUAGCAUAACAUGCUCAUUGAUUGGAUAUAUUGUAAGACCACCUUUAGUCUUGGUGCAGGGCUGGGCCAAGGUAGUUUGGCACCCUAGGCAGGGGAUUCAAUCAGCGCCCCUCACUUAUCAUUAUGGGGUUUUUUUUAAUAAAGAAAGCUUACAACACAUCCAUGACUGAAACUUUCAAUUUAUAUAAAUAUAAAUAUGUAAAGUAGGUAGGUGGUGCCAGUGACAAAAGUAUUUAACACAAUGGAUUGAGUUGGGAUUGUACUCUGCUUGCAUCUUCAUCAUAACAUAAUAAAAUCUUUUGUAAUAAGAAA